ACUGUAGCUCGCUCACUCGACAUCCCCAGACGUCUGCACAACUUGGUGAAGAGACUUGAACCAGGCAAGAUAACAGACUGAAAUAUUUUCAUAACAGACUGAAAUAUUUUCACAACAGAGUACAGGCAUGGCAGAUGAUGACCAUUUGGCAGAAGACUUUACAUCUAAAGUAAACAUAGAUGAAAGAGGAAAAAAAGACGAAGCAACACCGAGCAAACAGAAAGGAACGCCAAAAAACAUAGGCAAAAAAACCCGAACCAACAACGAAGAACCAGAACUACCAGACAAUGACAAUGGAGAACUACAAGAGGUGGAUUAUUUUGUUCUUUUUCGCCGAGAAAAUGAUGAAGGAGUUCUCUCAAGUUAUUCCAAAAAAGCUGCUCGUGUCAUAAAUAGUCACAUGCUAGGCGAGGACGCUUUUGACCCUAGGUGCUGGACAACACGCCCGAGUGAAUCAUUGGAUGCUAGAACUUUAGAGGAGGAGAGACGUACAGGGGUAAAAAACAUUGCUCAACGGAGGCAGUAUUCAGGACACCCAAAUUCAACUGAUUAUUGUACGUUUUGGAAGGUACCUGCUGAUUUUUCUGUAGCUGAGAUUGGAGAAAAGAUCGAAAACGAAACCUAUAUUGGAGUUAAAGUUUAUAUGACUCGAAUUGUAAACAACGAAAUUAUGAGGAGUACACACCAAGGAAAGAAAAACAUCCCUGUACUGCCUGUUGCUACACCACCAGAGGAAAACAUUGAUCCUCCCACUGGACAAAACUAAAAAAAAAGUCGUUGCACUUUUGCUCUUUUUGUCCAUUUAUGACAUUGGAGCGCCUUACAGAGGUGAAAUGUAAAGCAAUAUUUUGUUGUUGCUAAGUAAACAUCUUUUGAUGCUAAUAACCAAUUAAAAAGUAUAAUCUUUGUCAGUAUAACUUGUACUUCUCAGUUAUAUCAUUAAAAGUUUAAAAAAUCAACACGUGCAAGAGUUAUUGUAUUUUAAAAAAUAAUUUCAUCCAGGCCUUCGAAAGUCGGCAUGUGAUCUAAGUCAGUGUUU